AUUCUGCGCUGGGUGCAGUAAGACUGCAUUUCGUGCCAUGGGAAGCUGCUGUUGCCUGGGUACGCCGGUGGAUCUCAGCGAUCCGGAGGUCACCGCGUACAUCUUCACUCGGCAAUUCGUACGCCACGGGGCGCCGCUCAGCUACAGCUCCAUCAUGUACAGGGGCGGGGACAGGGCGGUGUACGUCCGCGAAGGAGAACUUCACCUUGGCUCACACACCGGUUGCAUGGCGGGAGGCUACCCAUUGCGGAGUAUCAGCUCAGCUGAGGUCGUCCGUGGAGUUACGGUACAAGGACACAUGCCCUUCACUUUGAACCCCGGGGUCAGAAUCACGGGGGCUGAUGGGACGGUCAUAUGGUUUUCGGGGGCAGAAGGCGAGGUUGAAAAUUUCGUACAGCAAGUGAACAUAGCUAUGGAGAGUGCUUGGGGCGAUAACCAAUGGAGACAACUCAGCACAAAAUUUUAGUAGCUAUAGAGGCUGCUCAAUGACUCCUUAGACUGUCAGCAUAAUUUUUAACACAAUAAACUUUGAUAUGACAGCCACUUCAACGAUAAAAGAUGGCACAC